AUGGAGACGGCGCCGGUAGAAACCAUCGACGCGCAUGCACCGGCGAGAAGAUCGUUCGCUGCAUGGGCCCUCGGCGCCACGAGCCUCGCGCUGCUCACACUGGCGUGGCUGCUGCUCGUGCAGGUCGACGACGUCGACGACGGCUACUACCCGAGCCAGCGCUACGGCAACAUUGGCAACAUCCACUUGCCGACGAGCGCGCCGUACAUGGGCUACGGGCCCAUUGACGUUGUCUACACGUGGGUCAAUGGCACGGACCCGCGCUGGAAACAGGAGAAGACAUAUUGGCACCGCCGAUGGAACGCUGAGAUCCACGGCGACUUGUUCAACGAGACUGACAACACAGCUGUGGCCGACGCGUCUGCCUCUGCGUCCGAGAACCGGUUCCGCGACAACGAAGAGCUGCGCUACUCGCUGCGGUCGAUCGAAAGUACGCGCCGUGGCUGGCUCAACCUCGACUGCCCGCGGUUAACCGUCGUGCCGCACCGCGCUAUGUUUGCCAACACGUCGCACCUGCCCGUGUUUUCGUCGCCGGCGAUCGAGGCCAACCUCGAUACGAUUCCCGGGCUCUCGGACCACUUUCUCUACUUUAACGACGACGUCUUCCUCGGCGCGCCCGUGACCCCCGAGGACUUUAUGAGUCCGUCCGGCGUCCAAAACAUUUAUCUUUCGUGGGAAGUGCCCGAGUGCGCGCAGCACUGCGGCGAGCCCCUGCUCGGCAACGGCGUCUGCGACAGUGCAUGCAACGUCACUGCGUGCGGCUUUGACAUGGGCGACUGCGGCUGCACCGAGACCUUCCGCGCUGACGACCCGCUGCAGCUGCCGCACGUCGAGUGCACGCCGUCGGCCACGUCCGAGCCGGAUGCCGAGACGCCGCCACCGACGCUCGCCGCGUCGACGCUCGCGCCGCACCUCUGCACCGACGGCUGCACGUUUUCGUGGAUCGGCGACGGUGUCUGCGACCUCCGUUGCAACGUCACCGAGUGCGCCUACGACGGCGGCGACUGCGGCGUCGGCCUCUUCUCGCGCCUCCCGUCGUCGGCUGUGCCAGCCAACACGACGUCGCUUACGAUCGUAAUGGCUGACACCUCGCCUGUGCUCGUGGUCAACAUGUCGGAGAUCUUUGAGUUUGUCGACGCGGCGUCCCUCGACAACGACGAGCUUGUGCGCCACGCGACGCUGCUGGAGGCCAACAUGAGCCUCGUCCUCGUACUCGCGCGGCACGACUCGAGCGGCAGCGUGACCAACGCGACCGAGAUCGUCAUCCGCGGCGCUCCGCUCGGAGACGAAGAAAGCAGCGCCAACUUGACGCUCCACCUCGUACGCGGCCAGCAUGGCUUGCUCCAAGGCCGGUACACGCCGCAGCCAGCGAAUGAAAUCGACUUGAGCGAUCUGCGUCUGCAGCAGCAACCGUCGAUGGAUGAUGGCACCAUCGACCUCGACGUACGCUUGCCGUUCUUUGCCGUGCCCGACUGGAGCGAACAGGUGCUCGUCACGUCCAACUGGGUCGCCCACGAUGCGGCGCAGCACACUAAGACCUUCCACGCGACGUGCCCUGUCAUUGCUCCGGCGCCCGAGGCAACUGCCACCGCCGACACCGCCGACUGCGUCAUUGAGGCACAGACGCUUCGAGUGCGCUUCUCGUGGUCCGUGCCCGAUUCUAGUGCCGGUGUCGUGCAUGGAAAGAUCUGUGUGUGGAACCGACCGAGUAGCAACUGUGUCGACGUGGCGCUCGCAUACGGCGCUGCGAUUGUGCUGUCGCCGGCGACGGCUGCCGAACCUUGGAAUGGCCUCUUCGAUGCGGGCGAAGACUGCGUGCUCGCCGACUACGUGGCCCGCUCAGUCUGGCGCCGCUUGUCGGGCACUUGCGCCCCGCAGCGCGUCGAGUCGCAUGCUGCUGACGGCAACGAGGCAGCGACAAGCGAUGCACUGCCCGCCGUGGACCCGUUCGUUCGCGACCAAGCGCUGCUCAUGUGUCGCCAGCUUGCCAACCGCCGGUACAAGGCCGACGCGAUCGCCGCGACGUCGUGGUGGACACCGGUGACGGACGCGGCUCGGUUCCUCAGGACGAAGCUGGGUCUCGCAACGGUGGCGCCGGCGAAUACGACGGCGUGGGCACUAUCGACGCCGAAUGUGGAGGCGUGCGCCGACUUUUUCUCGCAUGUGGAGCCCGGCGCGAUCGAUGCGUCGCCGCUGCCACCCCGCGACGACGACGCGGUUCGGUCGAUGGACACGUUUGGCGACUCGCUUCGGCACGUCAACAAGCUCUACAAUAGCGUGUUUGGCAAGACGCCAACAGCCGACCGUCGCCGCGUCCCAUCGCACAUGCCGCACUUUAUCCAAAAGAAACUGCUCACGGAAAUGAAGGCGCAGUGGCCGCUGCAGUUCAACGCGACGUCGUCGCACCGCUUCCGGCACCCAAAGGACAUGCAGUUUAGCUUUUCGUACAUGUACUACGUCGUGAACCGCCAUCUGCUGCACCCACCGACGCUCGACGAGAUCUUCGCCACGUACAUUGAUCUCAACAAGGACGGCGUCAUCGACGAGCACGAAGUGCUCAGCGUCGCGUCGCUCUUGACGACCGAGGAGCACCCUUCCGAGGCCGAUGUCAACGACGUCAAGCGCUGUCUCACGCCGCCGCCGGUCGCAACGACGCUGGUCCAUGACGAAGCGCGACGAAGCGGGCGCGUGACCGUCACAGAAACCAUCCAGCCGUACAAGACCCUCGAGAGCCUCAAGGCGUGCACGAAUGUGAGCGCAAGGUUGAUUGCAACCGUGCAGGCGCGGCGGCCGAUCCUGCACCGGUUCGUCUCGGAGAGCGAGGUGACGUUCCACAUGCUCAGUGACCAGUACCGGACGGCGUGGAACCAGCUGCUCAACACGCGUGCCCGGAAGACCAAGUUUGUGUGCAUCAACGACGACAUGAAGUACCCGUCCCAGGCGGUCAGCGGCAUCCUCCACGAUCUCUUUACCUCGCUUUGGCCGGACCGGUCGCAGUUUGAGCUGCCGUUCCACUUGACCAACAAGUACGGACACGUCGACGAGAUCGCGGCUGGCCGUGUGUGGCAGUGGCAGCUCGCGGCCAUGACGGCAGUGCUGCUUGCGGGUCUCUACGUUAUCUUUGCCUGGUACUUUCAGUAUGAGACACCCACAACAACCACGACAACCACGACGACAACGGCAACGACAACGGCAACGACAACCGCCACGAUCACCGCGACGACGACCGCAACAACCGACGAGUAG